AUGCCUCCUCUUGGUCUUCUCCCUCUCCGGACUCGCCUGGAGGGGGGCAGGAUGAACAUGAGAACAGCAGCAUUGUUUCCUUGCUGGGGUCUUUAUUCCUGGAUCUCAAGGCUAUAAUUUUGGGGAAGAAGACUGUCCCUUGAAUGAUGACAAACCAGUCAUUAAUCUAACCACUUUUUGAGAAUAAAAGAAAAAGAAACAAAGAAAUUUCCAAAAUGAACCGCUAUACAACUAUGAUGCAAUUGGGAGAUGGCACCUAUGGGAGUGUACUUAUGGGGAAGAGCAAUGAAUCUGGAGAGUUGGUGGCUAUCAAAAGGAUGAAAAGGAAAUUCUAUUCUUGGGACGAGUGCAUGAACUUGAGAGAAGUUAAGUCUCUGAAGAAACUUAAUCAUGCCAAUGUGAUUAAACUGAAAGAAGUUAUCAGAGAAAAUGACCAUCUUUAUUUUGUGUUUGAAUAUAUGAAGGAGAAUCUCUAUCAGUUAAUGAAGGACAGAAACAAGUUGUUCCCUGAGUCAGUCAUCAGAAACAUCAUGUAUCAAAUAUUGCAGGGGUUAGCUUUCAUCCAUAAACACGGUUUCUUCCAUCGUGACAUGAAGCCUGAAAAUCUGCUUUGUAUGGGUCCAGAACUUGUAAAAAUUGCUGAUUUUGGGCUAGCGAGAGAAUUACGGUCCCAGCCACCAUAUACGGAUUACGUAUCUACCAGAUGGUACCGCGCCCCUGAAGUUUUGUUGAGAUCGUCGGUUUAUAGCUCUCCCAUUGAUGUGUGGGCUGUAGGAAGCAUUAUGGCUGAGCUAUACACGUUAAGACCACUUUUCCCAGGGACAAGUGAGGUAGAUGAAAUCUUCAAAAUUUGCCAAGUGUUAGGGACUCCCAAGAAGAGUGAUUGGCCAGAGGGAUACCAACUUGCUUCCUCCAUGAAUUUCCGCUUUCCACAAUGUGUUCCCAUAAACUUGAAAACUCUUAUUCCCAAUGCCAGUAGUGACGGAUUACAUCUUAUGAGCGACAUGCUGCAUUGGAAUCCAAAGAAACGACCGACUGCAAGCCAGGCUUUGAAGUACCCCUUUUUUCAAGUUGGUCAAAUACUAGGAUCUCCUCCGCAAUAUACAGAAAAGAAGCAGUCUCUUCAUAAACAAUUUCAGCUAACAGAGCCUAAACCUUCAUUGUCUGAGUUUGAAAUUCAGCACCCCCUAAAUGCACUGGACAAGAAUCAACUACAAGUCCAAUCAAGACUUAACCAUCAACAACUACAGCCAAUUCAGCUGCUAAAGAACAUGAUCGUCCCCCAGAUUCCAAAACAACAGCCUCAGCAAAAGCAAUCACAGACAUUAUUUCCAAGUAUCAGCAAAAACCCAUCUCCCAAGCAAAAUGGUGCUGUUGGCUAUAAAAAUGGUAGGAGGCGUUGGGGUCAAAAUGUGUUUAAAACUGAUGAUAGCUGGGAAGAUUUUGACAACUCUGAUCUUGGAGCUGUACAUUCCAAGAAGCCCAGCAUGUCUGUUCUAAAAGAAAAGAAAACAAAAGAUUCUUCAUUUAGUGAUCUAGAACCAGGGCCCGCAAGCUGCAACCAGGUCAGAGGGGAAAACAAGAGUUUGCCGGCUGGGGCUUUGUUAAAAAAUGACAGUGGGUUAUCAACUGCUUCGGCUGCCAAACAAUAUUACCUGAGACAAUCAAGAUACCUUCCAGGUGUAAAUCCCAAGAACGUGUCUUUACUAGCCCCUGGUAAAGAAGGAAACCCAUAUGUUUGGAAUAAUCAAAUGUUUCCCAAGCCUUUAGGAUCAAUUGGUGCAGGACUGUCCUUCAACAAAACUAAUAAAGGAACCCAUGAAGGCUAUGCAAGUUAUAACCACCAUGGAGGAUAUGUCCCUUCAUUUCACAAAAAGGAAGUUGGCUCAGCUGGACAAAGGCUACAUUUAGCACCUAUUGGUGCCACCAAUUCAGAUCAUUGCUCUACAGACAGUGAUAGGAAGAAAGAUUAUGCCUGGAAAACACAAACAGGUCGGGCCCAAUUUCCAGGUCCCGCUUACAAUUCAACAGCAAAAGACAUAAAUAUUUUAAACCGCCCCCAUCCAAUUCAUUCAGUGCAUGGAAGAACAGACUGGGUGGCCAAAUAUGGAGGCCAUCGAUAGAUUUUCAUAAUGCACUAAGUACUCAUAAUACAGUGACAAUGCAUCCAGGCUCCUUUCUCUGAGAAGUAUCUACAGAUGUUUAUUUCCACUGAUUUCUGUGAGAAAUAUGGAGUAAAAAAUAAUCUAACCUUUUAUUAGAAAUGUAUCAUCCAACACGUUGGUUUAAGAGUAGGAUUGUUCAAAGUAUUGAAUAAAAGUUUGCCAAAAUAUCAAGUAUUUUAUCAUAUUGA